AUGGAGGAGCAAGAACCACAGCAACCGUUAGAGACACGAGCAGGACAACUAAGAAGACCAGAGGAUUAUGGAAGCUCUUCAUCCUCCUGGAACAGACAUGAAUUCAUUCGUGUGUUCAUGGGAGAUGAUGUCACUCUGCCCUGUUACCUGUCCCCUGAAACCAGUACUGUUACCAUGGAGAUCAGCUGGUAUAAGGGGACAGAGUGUAUUUACCAGUAUAAGAAUGGAGAGUGGCAAAGAGCAUCUGUGGGCGAUGAUGUCACUCUGCCCUGUUACCUGUCUCCUAAAACCAGUGCUGUUACCAUGGAGAUCAGGUGGUUUAUGGGGAAAGAGUGUAUUUACCAGUAUAAGAAUGGAGAGUGGACUGAUGGAGGAGAGUACAGGUGUGAGGUCAUCUAUGGAGAAGACAAAAAGUUGACAUCAAAAACUCAGCUGGAAGUCUAUGGACCAGCUGACACACCUCCAUUCAGGAGGAGGAACAGCAAUGAUUUCCAUCCUCCACAGAUGGGAGGUGAAAGCCCCAGUUUAAACCUGCCAGUAUCUCCUGAGCUGAGGCUGGUGCUACUGGGGCUGAGUGAGACAGUGAAGUGGGCAGCAGGAAACACCAUCCUGGGCAGAGAGGAGUUUGGGAUCCAGGCUGCUACAUCCACAGAGACCCAGCACAGUGAGAGCAGACAGGGGGAGGUGGCUGGGAGACAGCUGGUGGUGGUGGACACUCCUGACUGGUUGAGUCCUGGACUCUCUCAGGAGGAGAUGAGGAAGGACGUGGGGCUCUGUGUCCGUCUGUCUGCCCCAGGACCCCAUGCCUUCCUCCUGGUCUGUCCACUGGAACCAUCUGAGGGAGAGGAGAGUGAGCUGCUGGAGAACAUGGAGGACAUUUUUGGGGACAAAUGUUGGGCACACACAAUGAUCCUCUUCACAAAUACUGAAGGGUUAAGGGGGGUUAAUCUAGAGGAGGUGAUCCAGAUGAAAAGUCAUGGGUUUCAGCAGCUGAUGGAGAAAUGUGGAAACAGGUAUCACCUUGUGAAUGUUAAGAACAGCGAUGAAACUGAGGUCACAGAACUGCUGCAGAAGAUUGAAGAAAUGGUGUCAAAAAACCAAGAGAAGUUGUACAGCAGUGACAUUUACCAGGAAGCAGUGGAGCAAGUUGUGGGAAUGAAAAUAUUAACUGAAAAAGAAAAGACAAAUAGGAGAGAGAAGGAGGAGAAAGAGCUGGAGAGGAAAUAUGAGAUGGAUAAACAGGAUUAUGUUGUGAAAACGAAGCGACAGAAUGAGGAAAAAGAUGAGAAGAUUAGAGAACUUGAAAAAAGGAUAGCUGAGCUGGAAAAAGAGCUUGAGAAUGAGAAGAAUGAAAAUAGAAAGAGAGAGUUGGAGAAGCAACUGGAAGAAGAGAAAGAAAGGAGAAGAGAGAUAGAAUGGGAGAGAGAGAAGCUGAGAAAGGACAUGGAGCGAGAGAUGAGAGAAAAAGAGGACAGACACAAAGAGGAGUUGGAGGAGAUCAGGGAGAAAUAUGAGAUGGAGGCCAAAGCUGAAGCUGAGAGAAACCUCAUGAAGAUUAUUCUGUCAGAGGAGAAGCUCCAGAGAGGAGAUGUGUCUCUGACACUGAGAGAUGUUUGGAGGGCUGAUGGAGGAAAGGACAGGUGUGAGGUCAUUUCUGGAGAAGACAAAACGCUGACAUCAGAGACUCAGCUGGAAGUCUGUGGACCAGCUGACACAACUCCACUCAGGAGAAGGAACAGCAAUGAUUUCAUUCCUCCACAGAUGGGAGGUGAAAGCCCCAGUUCAAACCUGCCAGUAUCUCCUGAGCUGAGGCUGGUGCUACUGGGGCUGAGUGAGACAGUGAAGUGGGCAGCAGGAAACACCAUCCUGGGCAGAGAGGAGUUUGGGAUCCAGGCUGCUGCAUCCACAGAGACCCAGCACAGUGAGAGCAGACAGGGGGAGGUGGCUGGGAGACAGCUGGUGGUGGUGGACACUCCUGACUGGUUGAGUCCUGGACUCUCUCAGGAGGAGAUGAGGAAGGACGUGGGGCUCUGUGUCCGUCUGUCUGCCCCAGGACCCCACACCUUCCUCCUGGUCUGUCCACUGGAACCAUCUGAGGGAGAGGAGAGUGAGCUACUGGAGAGAAUGGAGGACAUUUUUGGGGACAAGUGUCGGGCACACACAAUGAUCCUCUUCAUCAAUACUGAAGGGUUAAGGGGGGUUAAUCUAGAAAAGGUGAUCCAGAUGAAAAGUCAUGGGUUUCAGCAGCUGAUGGAGAAAUGUGGGAACAGGUGUCACCUUGUGAAUGUUAAGAACAGGGAUGAAACUGAGGUCACAGAACUGCUGCAGAAGAUUGAAGAAAUGGUGUCAAAAAACCAAGAGAAGUUCUACAGCAGUGACGUUUACCAGGAAGCAGUGGAGCAAGUUGUGGGAAUGAAAAUAUUAAUUGAAAAAGAGAAGAAAAAUAGGAGAGAGAAGGAGGAGAAAGAGUUGGAGAAGAAACAUGAGAUGGAUAAACAGGAUUAUGUCAUGAAAAUGGAGCAAGAGAUUAUGGAAAAAGAUGAAAAGAUUAGUGAACUUGAAAAAAGGAUAACUGAGCUGGAAAAAGAGCUUGAGAAUGAGAAGAAAGAGGAUAGAAAAAAAGAGUUGGAGAAGCAACUGGAAGAAGAGAAAGAAAGGAGAAGAGAGGUAGAAAGGGAGAGAGAGAAGCUGAGAAAGGACAUGGAGCGAGAGAUGAGAGAAAAAGAGGACAGACACAAAGAGGAGUUGGAGGAGAUCAGGGAGAAAUAUGAGAUGGAGUCCAAAGCUGAAGCUGAGAGAAACCUCAUGAAGAUUAUUCUGUCAGAGGAGGAACUCAAGAGAGGAAAUGUGUCUCUGACACUGAGAGAUGUUCAGAGGGCUGAUGGAGGAAAGGACAGGCGUGAGGUCAUUUCUGGAGAAGACAAAAAGCUGACAUCAGAGACUCAGCUGGAAGUCUGUGGAUCAGCUGACACACCUCCACUCAGGAGAAGGAACAGCAAUGAUUUCCAUCCUCCACAGAUGGGAGAUGAAAACCCCAGUUCAAACCUGCCAGUAUCUCCUGAGCUGAGGCUGGUGCUACUGGGGCUGAGUGAGACAGUGAAGUGGGCAGCAGGAAACACCAUCCUGGGCAGAGAGGAGUUUGGGAUCCAGGCUGCUACAUCCACAGAGACCCAGCACAGUGAGAGCAGACAGGGGGAGGUGGCUGGGAGACAGCUGGUGGUGGUGGACACUCCUGACUGGUUGAGUCCUGGACUCUCUCAGGAGGAGAUGAGGAAGGACGUGGGGCUCUGUGUCCGUCUGUCUGCCCCAGGACCCCAUGCCUUCCUCCUGGUCUGUCCACUGGAACCAUCUGAGGGAGAGGAGAGUGAGCUGCUGGAGAACAUGGAGGACAUUUUUGGGGACAAAUGUUGGGGACACACAAUGAUCCUCUUCACAAGUACUGAAGGGUUAAGGGAGGUUAAUCUAGAGGAGGUGAUCCAGAUGAAAAGUCAUGGGUUUCAGCAGCUGAUGGAGAAAUGUGGAAACAGGUGUCACCUUGUGAAUGUUAAGAACAGGGAUGAAACUGAGGUCACAAAUGUACUACAGAAGAUUGAAGAAAUGGUGUCAAAAAACCAAGAGAAGUUCUACAGCAGUGACGUUUGCCAGGAAGCAGUGGAGCAAGUUGUGGGAAUGAAAAUAUUAAUUAAAAAAAAAGAAAAGACAAAUAGGAGAGAGAAGGAGGAGAAAGAGCUGGAGAAGAAACAUGAGAUGGAUAAACAGGAUUAUGUCAUGAAAACACAGCAACUGAUUAUGGAAAAAGAUGAGAAGAUUAGAGAACUUGAAAAAAGGAUAGCUGAGCUGGAAAAAGAGCUUGAGAAUGAGAAGAAUGAAAAUAGAAAGAAAGAGUUGGAGAAGCAACUGAAAGAAGAAAGUGAGAAAGAGAAGCUGAGAAAGGACAUGGAGAGACAGACGAGAGAAAAAGAGGACAGACACAAAGAGGAGUUGGAGGAGAUCAGACAGAAAAAUGAGAUGGAGACCAAAACUGAAGCUGAGAGAAACCUUAUGAAGAUUAUUCUGUCAGAACAUAGAGAGACAGGAAGAAUGAAGGAUCAAGCAAUGAAGAGACAGCAGUACGAUGAUGAGCAGGACUCCAUGGAGAGAUUAAAACAGACACUGAACGAGAGAGAAAUAGAAAUAAAGAGACUUAAGCUUACACUGAACCAAGAAGAAAAACGUACAGACGAGGACAGACUUAAACUGAUCCAUAGAAGAAUGACCAAUAAAAUAGAGAGAAUGAGGCAGGUUUUACACAGUCUGAGCCUUGGAAAGACGUGUAAAGUAGAGAGACUGAAACAGGGACUUGACAACCUCACAGACACCAGCACUCAGCUGGAGGAGAUCUACAAGAAAUAG